AUGGAGCAUCAUUUAUAUAUAGAGAAAAUAACUGAGGAGAGGAGAAUUCGAGACGAAUAGUAAAAUUUUAAUUUAGGUUCCUAAGACGCACACAAAGACUAUAGGAGGAGGAGAAAAACAAAGAACAAUCACUUUAGAAACUUGAAACUUUAGGAUUCUCGUAGACUGUAAUCCAAAUUGAAUAUUUCAUUUAUUUUAUUGAAAUCGGAUGAGAGAAACCAAAAAGUAAAGGAAUAGAAUAAAAGAGUCAAACAAUUAUUAGAGAAAUUUAGAUAAGAAAAAUUAUAAUAAGAAACUCAGAAAAAGUAGUUGGAAGAGCAGAGAGAAGAAGAGAUCAAAUAAAAACUACUUUAGAUAAAGGAAAAGUUUAAAGUGUUGUCCACCGAUGAAAUAAAGGAACAUUAAAAUCAAUAUAAGAAAUAUUAAGAGGAACAUUAGUAAUAAUUGGAAAACCUUCGAGUUCAAAAGAAAUCAUAAGAAACUUAUUUUUCUCAAUAGGUUUAAUCUAGAAUAAGGAGUAGAACAUAUUAAUCUUAACUUGAUAUGAUGAAAGAAGAGGAAUAAAAGAGAAAGGAAAGUGAAGAACGAAUAAGAAACCAAAUAAAACACAGAUUUGCCUAUGAUCAAAUUGUUAAAGAAAACUUCUUGCCAAAAAUAUCGCAUAGUAUUGAUCAAUCAACUCAUACGAUAAUCAAUAAAAAAUAAUAAAAUCAAAUAUCUCCAAUAAAAAGUGACUCUAAGAUUUUAGGCAAUCAGUACUUGAGAUAGAUCCGAAAAUUACCAAAAAGACCCAGAAUUUAAUCAUAGAUGGGCGUUGAUUAAUCAUCAUCUUCAACAUUAAGGCGAGAUUACCUUUCAGAAAUUCGAUAACAUUCAAAGAGAAAGACUCCUUAAGCCCCAAUCGAUAUUAAAUUGCAAGCAGAUAUGUUGGAAAGAGAGUCUAGAUAAGCAUACACAAAGAAUAAGCUAAAAGGCGAUUAACUGUUGAUGGACUCGAUAAAACAAAAAAUGCUAUUGUUAGAAAUAUGA